CAUUUCUCUCACUGUAUUUGCUUCUUCUCUUAGCUCCCUUUUUGUUGUAAAUGGCGUUAGAAGCUUACACAUCACAAAAUACUGAUAAUAAAAUCCAUACAGAUGUUCUUUCACAAGCUCGUAUAUCUUGUUACAAGGCAAGAGAUGCAUUUUAUUCAUGCCUGGAGAAAGAAUCGAGUAAGAAGCUUACAGAAAUCGCGACAGUUGGGCUUUUAUACCCUGUUGAAUGCAAGAAAUCCAGAGAGGAAUAUGUGAAGCAAUGUCGACCCACUUGGGUUAAGCAUUUUGAUAGGCAAUACUGUGCUAAGAAGAGGGUUCAGAGACUUUUGGAUUAGUCAAGGAGAGGGGUUUAAAGCUUGGCCUUUAAGGAAGAGGCUAGUGCAUAACUACUCAUUCUCGUGGUAAACUUGUUGGCUGAUUCUUGCUUUGAACGUUCAGAACUUCCAUAUAUAAGAACAGGAGUUACUAAACAUGCUGAAUUACUUGGGAUCAUCCAUUUGAGUGGCCUUCUUCUUUUCAUAUUAAUGGCUUGUCCAACUCGAGUCUAGAAGAUCCCGAGACUGUAUUUUACUUGCAGAGUGAAAAUAAAUGUAAUGUGGAGUCUCUGUCUUGCCUUCAGAAUAGGAGUUUAACUUUGAUAACUAUACGAUUUCUUGAGAUGAAGUAUUUUUCUGCUUCUCUUUUCAGUUUAGCAUACAGAAUGGCGUAUAUUUUGAUUA